GGCUACGAGACUACGAAGCAAGCAGCAGAAGAAAACUCCAACCUGUCAAAACUGAAACGUUUAAACGUUUGUAAAUAACUUAGCGGUGACACUUUAAUCCAGUCGUCCUAUCAAUAUUGAUUCGUUCAGUAGUCAGUUUUGAAGAAUCGUAGAUCAACUGAGAUACUAUGGCAAAUAAUUAUUAUUUUGUUAUAGUAGGGCAUAAUGACAACCCUAUAUUUGAGAUGGAUUUUCCACCUGUCCCAAAAGAACAAAAGAAAGAAGACCACCGUCACCUUAAUGAAUUUGUUGCUCAUGCAGCACUUGAUUUAGUUGAUGAGCAUAUGUGGAAAACCAAUGGCAUGUACCUGAAGUCAGUCGAUAAGUUCAACCAGUGGAUUGUUUCUGCGUUUGUCACAGCAAGCCGGAUGAGGUUCAUCAUGGUACAUGAUACCAAAAAUGAAGAUGGUAUCAAAAACUUUUUCAUGGAGAUGUAUGAAAGCUAUAUAAAGUAUUCGAUGAAUCCUUUUUACACAAUAAACUCACCUAUUCAGUGCUCGGCAUUUGAGAAGAAAGCUCUGUUCUAUAGCAGGAAAUAUCUUACAGGCUGAAGCUCUUAUUCUAAAGGCAGAAAUGUGUGUUAAAGAUGUGUACUAGAUAGUGGGUUGUUUGUUAGGUAUGUGUAUAAAUAUUGUAAUAUUCAUGCAUCUGUUUAAAAGAACACAAGUCUCAUUAAUCUCCAUAUUAUCUCAUACUGUUAGCAAGUAUUUAUAUAAAUUGUUACUGUAAGCCUCAUUACUAUUUUUUAUGUGUUAAUAUUUUCAUUGAAUAAAAUAAAAUAUUUUGUUUAAA